AUGUGGUUUCUGGAUAUUAUUCUACUAAUCGGAAUUAGACUGAUCAUUUCUGGAAGACUUACUCAAAUACUCGGUUAUCAUGAUGUGGGAAGAAGAUUCAGUCAGACAGCCACAUUCAGCGUUAUCCUGUGGAAAUUGGGUGUACAGACUGUUCUUUGGUUUUAUUUAAAGGAGAUCAUUGGAGGUCAGUCAUAUGACCAAUAUCUAAUUUCCAAUGAUCUUUCUCCACUUGGUCAAAGGAAUAACGAGAAAAAACCCAUACUUGCGAGACAUCGUACAGUUUUCGCAGUAUUUCCAUUUUGGACUACUAUGCUCAUAUGCUUAUUAGCAGUUUGUAGUCAGAUUGUAAAUUUCAAUAUGUCAUCACUUCGGGCAUUUCGUGGAAGUGACCAACCAAUUGAGUGCUUUGAACGCGAAAAACGACGGGAUACAGAAUUUUCACCAGAGCAUUCCUCGUUGGAGUAG